GGACGUAAUGCCAGAAAGAAUAAGAAUGGUAAUUAUUCAAUCAUAUUCCUUUCAGAUUUUUGACAUCUGUUUCAAAUAUUUAUCAGGUCAUCGCCUGCAACUAUUUCAAAUAUGCGGUACUUAAUAUCAUCAUCUAUUCAUUCGGCUAAACAAAUCAUAAGUCCAAAAAGGCAUUUCAUAGUGAUUUACAGAUUUCAUGAACUUCAUUGACCGGCAGAUGAUUAUCUUUUUUAAAGAAUGCGUUUUGCAUUUACAAUGACGCAAUUUUUCCAUAUCGCAAACCAUGCAACGGAUUUCCCCUGCAGCCCUGCCCUCGCCGCACAUUGAGUAACCGCACACUGCAUAUGCGAUUAUGAAAUGGGAACAAAGACAUUCCUCGCAUGCUUCGAAACUGCAGAUGUGCGUGCGAAAAACCAGUCAACCCAAAAACGCUCAGCUGACCCAUCUUUGCCGGUGUCAACCUGUUUCGCGACAGUUUAUAAGUUUAUUACUAUAAAAGCAGCGCACCCGGCGCUACAGGUAUAUUAGUCCAAUCUUAUCACCUCACCCCAGUUGUACAGAACCAAUCCAGAAAAAUGCGACUUCUUGCACUGACUUGCCUCUUCUUCAUAGCCUGUGAGGCCAACUUCGUUCCGGUAUCCGUGCCGAUUCCCAUCCCGAUGCCUUCGCCUGACGUUCGGGAGGUCGAGAAGAAAAUCCAGCACGUGAAGGAAGUCAAAGUGCCAGUUGUGAAGAAGGUCCCCGUUGAGACCACGGUACAGGAUGUGCACGAAGUUCCGGUCAUCAAAGAGGUUCCAGUUAUAAACGAAAUCAAAGUAUACCGUGACGUAGAAGUGAUCCGAGAGGUCCCGGUUGAGAAGGAGGUCCAUAAGCGUGUGGAAGUCCCUGUCGAGGUCAUCAAAGAGGUUGAGUUGAUCAAGGAAGUGCCCAUCAUUAAGGAAGUUCCGCACGUUAAGGUGGUGCGAGUCAUCAAGGAGGUUCCGGUGGAGGAAAUCGUCACCAAGGAUGUCUACGAGCCGGAGACCAAUGCAGUGAAAAUUCCCAUCCGAGUGCCGGUUGUCCAGGAGGAAGCGAAAGAGCAACCCUCGAAAUUGUCUAGCUUGUUAGGAUUCAAGGGUUUGCUUGGAUAAAGCUAGUAUAAGAUAAUGUAAGAUAAGAUAAUAAAGUAUUUAUUGAAUUUUA